ACUGUAGGGGAAGAUACAAAAACUGAAGAUGAAGGGCACCAAAUUUUGACCUUAUGUUGAUGACAAGCCUUAGUAGAAGUUAGGAGAACACUAUUGGAAAGAGUUGGAACAUGUAUUCCUUCAAAAGGAAGAUAUCGACAGGUUGUGUACAGUUAAUGCAAAUGUCUCUCCAUUGCAAAGUAUUGACCAAAAUAGAAAAACACAACAACAUAACAGAAUAUCAGCCAGGGUUUAUUCUUGCAUGUAUCUAUCCCCACUCCCAAAAUAAAUCUGCUCUUGGGGGAGGGGUUUAAAGAUAAAGCGUUCUAAAACAUUUAUUUACUUGAGAGUUUUUUUUUCUGCAGAAAGAAGUAAGAAAAGGAGGUGCAAAAUUAAGAACAAGUAGCAGUAUAAUAACAGUUCUCGGCUUCUUCAAUUCUUCAGGAGUAUAUCGAGUAUAUUGCUGGAGAAUUCAAGAAACUCAAUCGGCUUUGUAAUCUUCAUAUCAUUUAGUGUAUCUGUCAGCUGUUGUGUAUAUAUAUUUGUAGUUUAGUGUAUCUGUCAGCUGUUGUGUAUAUAUAUUUGUAGUUUAGUGUAUCUGUCAGCUGUUGUGUAUAUAUAUUUGUAGUUUAGUGUAUCUGUCAGCUGUUGUGUAUAUAUAUUUGUAGUUUAGUGUAUCUGUCAGCUGUUGUGUAUAUAUAUUUGUAGUUUAGUGUAUCUGUCAGCUGUUGUGUAUAUAUAUUUGUAGUUUAGUGUAUCUGUCAGCUGUUGUGUAUAUAUAUUUGUAGUUUAGUGUAUCUGUCAGCUGUUGUGUAUAUAUAUUUGUAGUUUAGUGCUAAUCUAUAUACAUGCACACGUAGAAUCGUGAACGUUUUCAUUGUAGCAUUUACAUUAACCAAUGUUGUGUCAAAUCAGCCUACAUUAUGUCAUUGUAUCUUAUUUCUCGAUAAAAAUGUUGACCUUUUCAGCGUCAUAAAACAUAUAUAUCAUAAAAUAUACAUCUAGUUCGAUUACUGAAACUAUCCCAUAUUUUCACAUCAUAAAACAUUUGUAAAAUUUAUACGGUACAAAUUUUAAUGCACCAGAUGCGCAUUUCGACAAAUAAUGUCUCUUCAGUGAUGCUCAAGCCGAAAUUUUGGAAAUUCGAAAUAACAAUAAAUAUUUAAGAGCUAAAAGGAAAACUAGAGUGUCAAAAACUGGAGCCAAAUUCGUCCAAGGAUAGAGCUAUGCACGAGGGAGAUAAUCCUUAAUUUUGAAAUAAAUUCCCAGCAAUUAAAUAUACAUCCGUAUACAUAUAUAUCAUAAAAUAUAGAUCUAGUUAGAUUACUGAAACCACCCCAUAUUUCCAAUGCUUUCACACUGGCUUCAUCAUAUAAACAACUUAUGCAUUUAUUGCUGAAUAACAAAUCUAUGUAAAUGUACAAUGUAACAUUACAAAAUUCCCUUUAUCUAGCAUUAAAUAAUUUACAUACAAUGUAGUUAUGAACACAUGGAGAUUUAAGUUGACGAUCGUUGUCAUUAUUGAAUUAAAGUUCCUAAUUUUUACUGUUAAUUUCAGACCAUCGUCCAUGAGGCUCUGAAAAGUAUACUUUCAUGUAAAUUGCAUGAUUACCUCUGAAGGGUUUGAUUUCUUUUCUUAUCAUGGUGAUUUUUAUUCAAAGGUGAAUCAAGAACAUGCAGUUGUUGUAACAAGACAACCAUUGUUCACACAAACGUCGUAUAUAUGUAGUAUGCAUAUGACUUCCUGGAUUUCACUAGAUCUACUAUCCAAAACACAAAACAGAGCUCAUUUAUUGUGUCGUAGGACAUUUAAUAUACUCGUACGUUAUGUCUCCCUUUCCUGGUGAUUUAGACAUGAAUUGAUGAAUGUAGUAUUCAUUGAUUCAGUCCGUGUUUAGAUGUGACCGGAUGUUACGUCAUACAUACAAGCUAGAAACGUGUAUGUUCGCAUGCCACACACAGUGAACAUUGUAUAAAAUCAAAAUACAAAAUGAAUUAAGUAUUGAUCUUCUCACAAUUUCGGAAGAGGAAAUUUUUAAACCAUGGGCAUAUUUCUAUCCAAAUUAAAGACUCUUAGACUAUUUCAGCCUUAUUCCAUCGGAAUUCCGGUUAGAAUCGUAAUGCUUGGUUUAGAUGGUGCUGGAAAGACGACCAUUUUGUACAAGAUUAAACUGAACGAGAACGUUUGCACCAUACCCACCAUAGGUUUUAAUGUGGAGACAGUAUCCCCGGUAAAGGGCGUGUCCUUCACGGUCUGGGACGUCGGGGGUCAGGACAGAAUAAGACCGUUAUGGAAACACUACUACCAAAACACUGAAGGUCUUAUAUACGUAGUAGACAGCAACGACAGAGAGAGGAUUACGGAGUCACGUGAAGAACUUUUCGGAAUCCUCCAAAACGAUGAAAUGAGAGGAGUUCCGGUGGUGGUCAUCGCUAACAAACAAGAUCUUCCAAAUGCUUUAAGUACGUCUGAAGUGGCAAACUUGAUGUGGCUUCACAAGUUGACGUCACGACAAUGGUUCAUUCAGUCAACCUGCGCAAUGACAGGCGUUGGAGUUUAUGAGGCGAUGCAAGAAUUAUCAUCUAUGGUUAAAGAAUAUCUCAAGAAAACUCCCAGAUGAAAUCGAUUACUCGCUUUAAUCUGGUUGAAAGGCACCAAUCGAUUGUUCUUGUAAAAUGCCGAAAGAGAUGACGAGACAGUGUACCGCCCUGGUGUACACCAAACGAUGGUAUCAUACUAAGAGGACCAGACCUUACUGACUAGAACGAUAUCAUCAUGGUCUUGUUUGCAGCUUUAAUGAAUUCUGUAUAAAUAGACAUAAGGCAGUACAGAUAAAUAUGCAUACUCUGUUACCCGUAUCAUUCUGUAGAGACACGAUUCAUACACUGUUACCCUAUCAUUCUGUAGAGACACGAUUCAUACAAUGUUACCCGUAUCAUUCUGUAGAGACACGAUUUAUACACUGCUACCCGUAUCAUUCUAUAUAGACACGAUUCAUACACUGUUACCCUAUCAUUCUAUAUAGACACGAUUCAUACACUGUUACCCUAUCAUUCUGUAGAGACACGAUUCAUACACUGUUACCCUAUCAUUCUAUAUAGACACGAUUCAUACACUGUUACCCUAUCAUUCUAUAUAGACACGAUUCAUACACUGUUACCCUAUCAUUCUGUAGAGACACGAUUCAUACACUGUUACCCUAUCAUUCUGUAGAGACACGAUUCAUACACUGUUACCCUAUCAUUCUAUAUAGACACGAUUCAUACACUGUUACCCUAUCAUUCUGUAGAGACACGAUUCAUACAAUGUUACCCGUAUCAUUCUAUGGUGGCAGGGGACAGUUUCUUUGGUUCUGAAACAUGUGGGUAGGGGGUAUACAUUAAAGUCAGAUUAUGACAGACUAAUGAAAAAUCAUAUUUCCAUUUUAUGUCAAUACUUGUAUUUCAUAUUGGUGUAGUCAAUAAAUUAUGACCCUAAAUUAAAUGUAAUCUAUAAAUACUGGUGCUGGUGUACAAAACAUGCUCUGAGCAGGUGCCCUUCUUUUUGCUUUGAUUUUCUCUCAUUUGGGCUAAUCCGCACCGCCCCCACACCAUCAUAGUACCAAGCGUGGGGAUUUAGACACUGUGCACAAUCAAGAACCCUAUCUGCCCUUCUUAAAAAUCUACCUUUUAUAUUUGGCCAUCCACCUUCCCUCUCAGCUACAGACAUUUUGCUGGACCAUGCAUGUUUACACCGGAAUUUCUUCAGCAACUGAUCAAACGUGUCUUAGUUUCGUAUUUGCACCCAUCUACAUGCUAGGAAUCAUGGUGACACCUACCUGUUGUAUAUCAACCUUUUUAUCAAUCACUCAGCUACAUUUGACAUGCAUCCUAAAAUUAUUGUAUAUAUUUUAACACAUGUAAUAUCACUUCAAAUAUGGGUGUAUUUUCAUUUUUUUUAAAAAGUUGACCGGGCCUAUAGUGCGAAACUGUCCCCUGCAACCGGGCCUAUAGUGCGAAACUGUCCCCUGCUACCGGGCCUAUAGUGCGAAACUGUCCCCUGCUACCGGGCCUACAGUGCGAAACUGUCCCCUGCUACCUAUAGAGACACGAUUCAUCAAUCAACGUACACAAUUUAUGUAAAAGCGAGAUAGUUCGUUCAUCAGGCGAUGCGAGAACACCAACAUACAGGAUGUGAAUAGACAGUCAUUCAAUAAGAAAACCAUGUGCCAUAAAUACGUGUAUAAUAUACAUGUACCAGUCUAUGAUUGGAUUUCAAUGUAAAAUAUCACUCGCUUGAAUUUUACUCUGUUAUAAUUAUUACGAAGGCUGUUUUAUUUGAUAUUUGAAUAACCAUCAGUAUUUCAUUCAUUUCAUAUGGUAUCCUGAGAGGACAGAUGUAAUAUUCAAAUUCAGUAUAAAAUUAUUGUCGGUAAAA